AUGGGCCUGACGGAGAAAGUGUGGGAGGCGUACCGCAGCCACGCCUGCACCAACGCCUCCGACCUGACGAUGGAGAUCGGCGACGUGUGGGCGGGCGGGCACAACAGGAUGCGCGUGAUGGGCCUGACCGAGCUCAAGGAGGAGCUGGUGAGGGUGGGCAUUCCCCGGGACAGGGUUGAGGAGGCCUUCAUGGUGGAGGUCACGCCGUACACGGACGUGGCGCUGGACUUCGCCGGCCAGAUGGUCGCGCAGCCGACCGUGGUGGAGAGCGUGGUCGGCGAGGGGCCCGCCGUCCAGAUCAGCUUCGGCAGCUGCAGGAAGGAGAACUACAUCUUCAGCGCGGUGCCCGCCGAGCUGCACCGGUUCAGGGUGCUGUCCAAGGCGGAGCGGAUGUUCAAGUUCGCGGUGGCCAAGUGCAAGCGGAGGCGCAACGAUCGUUUGUUCCGCCGGGAGUGGUUCCUUGUCGAGGAGGUGGUGAUGUCCUCCUCGCUAGUGUUCGUGAGGGUGAGGGGUGCCGGCCGACUGCUCGUCAGCGGCCAAGUCGAUGGAGGCAGGAAUCCAGGUGUGGAUGUGUUGAGGGAGAUGCUCGGCCUGCGGCUGUCGAGGGUGGGAGCCGCGCUGCGGUUCGGCGGUGACAGCGUGGACCUGCACAAGCUGGUGAACGGCAGCCGGGGGGCGUGCCUUGUCAAGGUGAAGAACAACCGGCCCCUGGUCUCCAGUAGGAACAUCAAUCAGCCAGGCCUGCUGCGGACGGGGCGGACGGACAUGGCCAGCGGGUCGCAGGCGGAGAAGAUCGCUGAGGGGCACCUGCAGGACGAGGCGGAGCGUUUGGAGUGGGGGGCGGAGGGCGCGGAGGAGAAGGUCGACGAGCUGGUGGGAGAGCUGGAGGAGAUGGGGGAGACGUGCGAGCUGUUCCUCGACGAGGGCGGCGAUGAGGAGGAGGAGGAGGAGGAGGAGGAGGACGACGACGACGACUGA